CCAGUUCGUCAUACUGUUAAGCUUCCUGCUACUGCUACUGCUGUUACUAUUGGUACUUGCUCGAUGAGAAGUUCCAGCUGCCACGGUGCCAAACAAAGAACCUCCCACAGGGUAAUUUCAUAUCCCAACAAAGACGGUCUCGUCUCGAAGGUGAUAACAUAUAAAAUAACGAUGACGUCGUCAAUUUUGCGUUGAUUUUCUGUUAGAAAUCAACCGAAAGAGCUUUCCGGUACUCGUGCGUAACUUUCCUAGUCCAAGAAGCAAAUCCUCUCGGGAAACACUUUUUGCGCAACCCAAUAGACUACCACCGUUUUGUUCGGGUUCGGCAGGUCCCGAAUAUCGUAACACCCUAACCGAGAAUGGUCGUAGUUUCUGUUGCCAUAGCACUAUCAGAAAACACAACAAACAAAGGUGCUUUUUUCGUAGUUUUUGCUGCAAGAGUUGAAGUGAAAAUUCCAUUAUCAGUUAGUAACGAAUGUUUCAUUGUGAAGCCAGAAACGAAAGAAAUUCGGUAACGGAUCAGGAAUAAAUUGCUACACACUCAGUACACUGAGGAGAUACAGUACUACACUAGUUUGUUCUUCAGCGGCUGGCUUCGAGCCUGGUAAAGAGGGCCACAGAUAUUUCCAGGUCAUCCAGCUUUCCUGAUUUACCUUCAAACGCGAAAAACGAUGUCAUCCGAAACGUGGUACAACGUGUAUAGUCUGCAAUAAGCGUUUCAGUUCGUGUCCUACGAGCCCCGAAUUCUCCGGCUUGUUCUAGAUUUUCCGCGUUCUCGAACGCGUACUAUCGAUACCAUCGCAAAUUCGACGGUCAUGUCCGGACAGCACGGUCGUUCAGUGUUUGUCAAUUCCUGCAUCAAGAAACCGCUCAGCCCAUCCAGUAAACGGCCCAAUCCCUCGUUUCUAGUGCCACAGUGUAGUUUGGAUCGUGGUAUGCAGGAUCCCCGUGCACAGGAAGCCAUGAGUACGAUAACACGUAAAAAGGCAUCGAUCAAGUGUCCCCUGGCACGGAAUGGACAGUACCGGCGCUCCAAGUGUUGCUCCUUGACGCACCAGCUGCGCAAAGAGGCGGAUAGUUUUCAAACGAUGGUACAAUUCUACGACAGCAUUCCGGACUACAACGAUCUGCUGCAUUUGCCACGGGAAGAAUUUUACUGUCGGCUAAAUACGCUCAAAAAGAAGCAGAAAGAAUUAAAAUCGAUCUGUUUCGUGGGCGAGAAUGAUAGAGCGACGUGUCCGUUGUCGCCGGAGCCUGGUUCUUGUACUAGGCGAAAUGAAGUCCGAAGGGCAAACAAACAUAGCUAUCAGAGCAACGUAAACGAGAGUGUCCCCAGUAGUGGUGAGGUUGUGAAAGAAAACGAUCGUAGCGAUCAAGCAACGGAAGAUGGAGAAUCGUUACAUUCUUGGAGCAAAUCUCCACCAACGGUGGUGGACACCACACACGAUUGCACCAGCAAAGCUGUUGAUACAACACGGAAAGGGUCUGCGAAAUCGGUUCGAAUAGAAAGCACCAAGGAACAUAGUCUGCAAGACGAGCUGGGACAGAGUAGCAGAAAGUAUCGAUCGGGCACACCGUACGUUUCCGAUCCGGACGAUAGCACUACGACCACAAAAAAUGCAACCCCUUCAUGCGCAACGCCCGCCAAUUCGGACUUUGUCGAACGAUAUGAUCGAUACGUGAAGCGUAGCUUGCGUUGUAAAUCGGCCAGCCCGAUACGCAACCUUGCCAAUGUCACUAUUCCGCAGCCUUACAAGAUGACGCAGCGCGAAGAGGAACAGCGAACGCUGCAGGAUUUGCUACUCGCAAGCAAAAGUGCCUUUCCCUCCAAGGAAGCGUUGGCCGAGUCUAGUGUUAAGCAGUCGACACAAUUCCGAGCCAACCCCGUUCCAAUAACGUCGCGGAUACCGCUCUUUGAUACCAUUAUGGCAGAUCAGGAGAAUCGAAGCCGCUUAGCGAAGCUUAACUCCGAGAUCGAGUUACAAGCGCAGAUAAAACCGUUCCAUUUUUCCGAGCGCCUAAAUCGUGGCCACAGUCGCUGUCUAAGCAGAAGCUUAUCUUCGCCGGCUCUGCUCAGCACGGGCUAUGAGUCGGGAAUGGAUGUCCUGAGGAAAUCACGCACCACCUUCAAGGCAAAACCGUGCCCGAAGAAGUUGUUCAGCAGCUACUUUCACACCAAAGCCUGGGAGGACGAAUACUUUCGACAUCUGAACAAACGGUUACGGGCAGAGGAAAUGUUGAAGCAAGCGGCCCUACCACCGUCGAUGGCUCGACGGGAACGGAGUGAGCGCAAGAACUGUCUCUCACGACACUCGUCAGAGGAUCCCGGCAAAGAUCGGCCCGGUUCUAAUGGGGGCAAAAUGUCAAAACGUAAGCGAAAAUCACGCAAACCCUUGAAAAGGCGGAAAAGUGUGGAGCAAAAGUGUGCCGAAUAUUUCACAUCCGUAAACGAUCCGGCUAGGCUUCACUAUCCAACCAGCAAUUCCAGUUGCAGUAAUAGUACGGACAACAACCGUGGAUCAGGUGAUACACCGGCACCGAUUUAUCCGGUCAACAGACCUAACCUUGCUGCCACUCUUCGCACGGAAUGGUGUCGCAAGAAGCUACGUGAUAUGGAACUCGACGAUACGGUGACGGAGAAAAAGAAAAUCCCGAGAUUCCGAUGGGGUGUUAAAAAAUCUCAAGCUUUUCAAAAUUUGAACCUGGACCAUACACAUGAGGAAGAGCUGAAUCUUCGACUUGCUACUAGACGCGCGGAACAGCGGCUACGUCAGGAAGAACAUGCGAUCAACAUGGAGCUCAUGAGACAGCGCGUGAAGGCGGCCCCUUUGCUGCUGGAAGGUCCACCACAGUGGGGACCUCGGUUGGGACAUGUGGCUCACCGUUGCUCUAGCUUGAACCGUGAAUCGGAACAAGCUCUCUUCCGCAAACCGGAUAAAGUGAGCAAAAUGAUUUCUCAGAAAUUAGCAUCCACUGGUAAUAGUGGUGCUCCUGCCGGGAGCAAGAAAUGUGACUCACCCGUCACAACGUCCACUACCAGUACUGGUAGCAACAAUCGCAUGACAAACCAGGAACAUCGCCAAAGAACAGCCGAAAAGCGACGCAAUGCCGGAAAUGGAAGUAAGCUCAGCACUUACUCCUUCGAUUCCAAUGGUAAGCUAAGCUAUAAAGCGUGCGACAGUGAACUGUUGAGUCUAUCGGAUGUCUAACAGGGAGCGCA